CGGGCCUUCCCUUUAAGGAGCCGGAAGUGAGGACGGGCGGGAGAGUCCGGGCGGUGACGGUGCGGGGAGCGGAGCGGGGCCGGGCCGGGCGAUUCAGAUGUUAACUUGUGAAUGAAAACCCUUAAGGCAAUCCCCAACAGCAACACAGACUAAUCUGCUGCUGGAAGACUUCAGACUGAAACCAUAUAAAAGUUUGAGAACUUUAAACAUCAUAGUGUAUUCUGUAAGGCAGCAUGACCAUGACGCAUGUUGGAGCAAUUGUGGCCGCAUUAACUGCAAUCGUAGUUUUCUGCCUCUACUCUUCCAUACACAAGAUUGAAGAGGGGCAUCUUGGCAUUUACUACAGAGGUGGUGCGUUGUUGGUUACUCCAAGUUGCCCUGGAUAUCACAUUAUGAUACCAUUCAUUACAUCCUUCAGAUCCGUUCAGACAACUUUACAAACAGAUGAAGUGAAAAAUGUUCCCUGCGGAACAAGUGGUGGGGUCAUGAUCUAUUUCGACAGAAUAGAAGUAGUGAACAGCCUUGCUCCAAGUGCAGUGUACGAUAUCGCAAAGAACUACACAGUAGACUAUGACAAGACUUUGAUUUUCAACAAAAUUCAUCAUGAACUGAACCAGUUUUGCAGUGUACACACCUUACAGGAAGUCUACAUUGAAUACUUUGAUCAAAUAGAUGAAAACCUAAAGUUGGCUUUACAAAAAGACUUGAAUGUCAUGGCACCUGGUCUUACGAUACAGGCAGUUCGAGUUACAAAACCUAAAAUUCCAGAAGCAAUUCGAAGGAACUUUGAACUUAUGGAGGCAGAGAAGACAAAGUUGCUCAUUUCUACACAGAGGCAAAAGGUUGUAGAACAGGAGGCUGAAACGGAAAGAAAACGAGCUAUUAUUGAGGCAGAAAAAUUUGCACAGGUAGCACAGAUUCAAUUCCAGCAAAAGAUUAUGGAAAAGGAAACACAGAAGAAAAUUUCAGAAAUUGAAGAUCGUGCCUAUUUAGCCAGAGAGAAGGCCAAAGCAGAUGCAGAAUUCUACACUGCCGAGAGAACAGCACAAGCCAAUCAGAUGAAACUGACUAAAGAGUAUUUGGAGAUGGUUAAAUACCAAGCAAUAUCAUCAAACAGCAAGAUUUAUUUUGGUAGUGACAUUCCAGACAUGUUCGUGGAUGCUAAUGCCUUUCGGCAAAACACUGAAACGAGGACAGAGAAAAGUUCUUCUAGUACUGAUCGGGAACAGGCAAUGCUUGCACCUGAAAGUACCUCGAGCAGGCAGCAAAGAGGUGCAAUGAAGGACUCUGGAGACAAUGCAACUUAGACUGAAUGCAGAGGAAAGACACUACUUUGUUAAAUAUUACAGAAUGCUGAUUACACAACACUGGAUUAUGUUCAAGUGGACUCUGGUAUGACAACCAUCAGAUUGGGUGCAGAAUUGUACAACAGAAUACUCAGUGGCUUUAUGUAACAAUUUCUGCAAUAGCAACAAGAUGAAAUUUUGACAUGGUACCAAUGACUAAAACUGGUUAUGCUCUAUUGCCGAACCUUAUUCCACGUCAAAAGCUGCUUUUUGUUUGAUUAACAGAUAUGGCGCCUAACUGAAAUUUGACCAUGGCAUUCUGUGUAUUUACCAAUACAUGUAAUGAGGAUUACUUUUCUGUACUGGUAUGGUAUUAUUGGAACAUCUACAAGCAGUAAAAGGAGCAUUUUCUGUUUUGAUUUUGGGUAUGAUGAAAUGAGUGGGAAUAUGAUUGACAACUGUGAACAAAUAAUUUUUUAAAACUCUGACAAGCUACAAUACUUUUGAAAAUAGAUCAGUGGAAUAGGAAAAUAUAUUUUAGAAUUAUUAAGAUGCCUUUGUAUUUAAACAAUAUCGAUUAAUGCCAUGCUUUUACAAUGGCAGUUGUGCUCAUUGACCAAGAAUUUUUGGACGGCAGUGGAAGAACAUUGGCCUCUUGUAGAUUGAAGUGCAGGAGACAACUUGGGGUAAUUUUAGUGAAAAGAGCUUAUUUCUGUUGGAGCUGUAUCAUUGCCACUUGGGGUGUCUUUGGUUUCUGACCCAGGUAGUUUUGGAAACUAUAUUGGAGUCACCUUAUUUGGUACAACAUAAAACAAGCAGGGCAUUUUGUUUUCAAUUGAUGAAACAUUUUUCACACCAACUAGAAAUGAUUAAUUGCGAGAAUGCAAACAGUUUUGAAGACUUGUAUGCACUGACUUGACUCCUUAGACUGUUAAGAUGCAAGCUGCAGUACUAAUUGUAGCGGAGAAAUAGAGCAUUGUCCCUUAGUAUUAAUUAUACCACCUAAGACUGACCCCAAAUUCUAGGUGAUGAUGCAAAAUUGAAUAUGUCCUGUUAAUAACUUUAUUUAGAAUGAGCUUUCCCAUGGAUUUAUUACUCAAUUGAUCAAAUAAAGCAAGCCAGUUUAAGAUGGCAGGCAAUUGUUAAAGAUUCUUUUACAUGCAAAGAAAUCUAUUCUAAUAUCUGGGCAAUUGGUAUAUGCAGAUACUAAUCUUUAUUUUUGAUAAUUCAUUAUACCGUUAAACAUCUUUGCAUCAUGCCAUGUAAUCCUUUUGUGGUGUUCUAGCCUUUAUAUGCAAUAUUUGUAUUGAUCAGAUACUGAUUUCCAUCCCCCAUCCAGACUUAUGAAGGUUUUAAUGUGAAAAUUGAAUAUCAGUUCCAGUGUUUGAAUCAUUACUCAUUGUAUAAAGCAGUGCCUAUCUUAAAUGAUGGUACUAAAAAAGUGUUUUUGAUGUAUGUAUUCUUUUGAAGAAAAAUAAUUAACUCUUUCUUGAUUUAAUUUCUAUUAUCUUUGUGGGAAUCGUAUUUUUCCUGGAUGAUUCUCUUGGCACAGAAGAAACAAAUGCAGAUGUGUGUUUCAAAUCAAUAUUUCUGUUGUAGACACUAUAAAAUAGUUUGUACUUCUCUCAUUCCAGAAUUCUGAUGUUUUACCUUAAUUGUAAGAUGCUUACUAAAUUUUUACUGUAUUUGGAAAAUGAUGGUAAUCUGAAGAAUUUAAGUUUACAUUGCUUCUUGAAUUACUCUUUACAAAGUGCUGGUACAUAUGCAAUGUAUUUGCUUUGAAUGAUGCUUUGGGAUUUAGUUGUGCUUGUAAAGAAAACCACCAAAUUCAAAUAUCUGGAGAAAUGGUUUGGAACAUACAGAGAAUUUAAAUUGACUUUGCAAAAUUUGCUUUGGACAUAACCUAUCUAAAAAUCAAAAAAUUGAGUUUUCUCCAAAAUCUGUCACAUAAGUAAACUUAUUUUGAUAUCAA